ACAUCUAUUUCCUCGGCAACUUCUUCCACUCACACGGAAGCCGGCUAUCCAAUGACUGACAGCGAUGAGCUGUGGGUCUGUGGCGAUCAGGAGAUGGCCGAGCAGCAAGAAGUUGGCGUCUACAAACAGCAAGGCAUGUCGCAGGAAGAGCAAGAGGCCCAAGAUCUGGAAACCAAGGGGUACUGCAUCACCAGCUGGAAACAAGUCUGCCACACGGGGGAAGUAGCAAAAGCACGUCGCAACCNNGAGCAGGCAAGCAGCAGCAACAGAAGAAAGAAAAGAACAAUGCAGCCCACAAUCNGCGACAAGGAGCGUCUCCUACAGCAGAAGAGCUUCGAGCUCAAUGACCUGUACAGGCGCGUCAGCAAGAUCAAGGAAGAAUUUGCGCAGGAGAUACAGCGAGUUACUCGAAAGAAAGACCAGGAGUUAGAGAGGAAGAAUUUCGAGCUGCAGAGACAGUACAUGAAAGUUUCUGAGCUGAACACGGCUCAAAAGGAAUCGAAGCGGGAGCAUCAAGCUGAGCUGGAGAGCCGUGACCAGAUGCAGGCAACUCUGCUGGGAGACCUUCGUGAAUUGUGUCAAGUCAACGAGGAAGAGAUUGAGGUUUUGAGAAGGACCAUCGAUCAUCAGGCACUCCCACCCACUUACUCGAGCAUCGACUCUCGCAUCGACUCUCGCAUCAACGUCCCCAAAAUCGCAGACGGCAGUCCCGCAGACCCUCGAACCGUCGUGUCUUCGGCCAUCACCUCCCUCCGCAAAGCAAUCGCCGAACCCGAUCCUGCUCGCCACGCUAAUCCUCUGAUCCACAUCGCCGACACGUUACGCGCCUCUCUUCUCACCAUCAAACGCGCCCACUCCACCAAACUCUGGCCACACUCAACUACUGCCGUGGCUCUGCACGCCAUACACGAAUGCGUCGACCGCGUCACCAUAUACCUCACCCUCCACCCCGAGCUCUACGCCCACCUAUCCCUUUCCCCACGCUUCCUAUCCCGUCUCCCCGACCUCAGCAAANAAGCACACACAUCCCUUCGCCGCGCAUUCACCGCCGCAGACACCUUGGCUUUGGAGUUGUGUACUCUGCACUUUGCUUCUGGAGGCCGCAGAGCACAGUUGAUGGCUGCCCCCACGGGUUUUGCGCCUACCCUCCGUGCGAUCCUGGAUUCCGGCGACGAUUUUCUGGACUUGCAGUUUUGGACGAAGAGGUUUGAGGGUGUGAGGGCGGAGGCGCAGCAGUGGAGGCGUGAGGUUGGUGUGGUGGUGUUUUAUCAUACCAUUAGUUGGUUGGAGCAGGAGAUUGUGGCGUCGAUGUGA